AUGUCAAUGGAAGAAAUGCAAAGAAAAAAAGAAGCUCAAGACAAUGAACGUCGCGCAUGGUUUGUAGAAAUUGAAAAUCAAAAUCAAAAUCAAAAGGCAAUGGAAGAAAUGCAAAGAAAGAAAGAAGCUCAAGAUAAUGAACAUCGCACAAGGCUUGAAGAAAUUGAAAACAAAAAUCAAAAGGCAAUGGAUGAAAUUCAAAGAAAGAAAGAAGCUCAAGAUAAUGAACAUCGCACAAGGCUUGAAGAAAUUGAAAACAAAAAUCAAAAGGUCCUGGAAGAAAUGCAAAGAAAGGAAGAAGCUCAGAAAAAAGAACACCACGCAAGACUUACAGAAUUACAGAUUGAAAAUGAAAAGUUAAUGGAACAAAUUCAAAGAAAGGAAGAAGCUCAAAAAGAAAAAGAUCUUGAAACAGCUGCUCGAUAUAAUGAAUUAUAUAAACGAAUGGAACAAUAUCAGGAAGCACAUAAAACACAAAUGGAGCAAAUGACGAAAUUAUUGGAAGAUCUCAAGAAGAAGAAAUUAACAUCUUUCGAAGAUAUUGCAGAGAAUGAUAAAGAAGCAAAAGAAGCAAUUAUCAAAUUAGCAAAAGAAGCUAAACCAUUUGAAAUGGAAGGUAAUAAUAUUGCUCUUUUUGGUAGAACAUCUUGUGGAAAAUCAACAAUGCUUAAUAAACUCCAUGGAAAGGAAGUAGCUGAAACAGGCAAAGGUGAAACUACUCUUAAAAUACAAUCUUAUCAAGCGACUGAUUUCGUUCUUUGGGAUAUUCCUGGUAAAAAUGAUGAAGUAUCGUAUUUGAGUUUGCAAUAUAUAUCAUUUUUCAAAGGAUUAACACAUCGCAUUAUUCUUGUUACAGAUACACUUAAAGAAAACUCAAGUAUGAUGAAAUUAUUAGAUGCAAUUGGACUAAAUUAUGAUAUUGUUGUUAAUAAAAUGGAUGAAUGUGAUGAUGAAGAACAACCAAAAUUUCGUGAAAAAAUUAAGGAAGAAGUACAAACACUUGAAUUAAAAGGUGUAGAUCGUAUUUUUUAUGUUAGUGCCAAAUUUCCAGCACAAUUUCCUGAUUGGCUUGCUAUGGUUGAUUAUUUAACAGAUCCUCGAAAAUAA